AGUUACAGUACCACCAGCAAAAAAAAAAGGGGAAGAAGGUUUUAGUAGUUAGAAAUAAAAAUUAAAGUUUAUCCAGUUGGAGAGGAUACAAUUAUGAAGUGAUGCAAUGUAAAUCCUACUUGCUACUAGGUACAGGUGUUUCAAGUACCGGAUGUUUACUAAAACCUAGGAAAAGUACCCUUGACCAUGCUCUAGGCCUUUAUCUGUUUCCUACUCUCCGUCCGAUAAUUACAUCACGCGUGCCAACGAGCCAACGAGUAAAAGAUUGUCUGCUGACCGCGAGAGUAAUCAGUACAGCUGUAGACUUCAAGUCGAGAGCACCAGACCAGACCACAGGGGCCAUAUCACCACAGGCAACAUGCGUAUCGGAGCUACAAUCCCCAACUUCCAGGCGGACUCUACCAAGGGUCCGAUCGAUUUCUACGAAUGGAUUGGUGACUCCUGGUGUGUUUUAUUUUCACACCCAGCCGAUUUUACGCCAGUUUGCACAACGGAACUUGGAAGGAUCGCAGUGCACCAGCCUCAUUUUGAGAAGCGCAAUGUGAAGGUCCUUGCCCAUUCGGUCGAUGAUCUCAAGUGUCACGUGGAUUGGGUGAAUGACAUCAAGUCGUACUGUCCGGAUAUUAUCGGUAACUUUCCCUACCCCAUCAUCGCCGACCCAAGCCGUGAUUUGGCCGUCCGAUUCGGUAUGCUGGACGAGAAGGAUAAGGACAACGUGGAGCUAGCGCAAACGGUGCGCGCCCUGUUCAUCAUUAGCCCCGAUAAGAAAGUCCGUCUUACGAUGCACUAUCCAACGUCCACGGGCCGUAAUGUAGAUGAAAUUCUGCGUGUCAUCGACUCACUGCAGCUGACCGACCGCUUGAAGGUGAUUGCGACGCCCGCCAACUGGACGCCCGGAACGAAGGUCAUGAUUCUGCCCAGUGUCAGUGAGGAGGAUGCGGACAAACUGUUCCCCAACGGAAUCGAACGCGUCUCGAUGCCCUCGGGCAAUGUUUACGUUCGGACCACGACCGAUUACAAGUAGGCUUGCCGGUCUCCGAUGGAACGAGGUUUUAACGAAUUCGCAACCGAUGCGUGACAUAAUAAAAGAAAGUCUUACGUUUAUUAAAACGACGUUUUGCAA